UCAAAGGUCUCCAUCGAUAUGGUCCCAAGCAAUGGAGCUGCUUAGCUUGCUGCAUCUACAAAACUGACAUUACAACUUUCCUUUCUGGCGCCUCGUUCUACUUCUACACAUAUAUCAAACUACUACUCUGCUCUUCUCUCUCCCUCGACCGACAAACUCUCUUCUCCUCUACACGAAACAACCUUUGUUGCUCCCAAAAGUGAAGUAUACACUACCUUAUUGCAGAGUUUUCUUUAAAUCUCUCUCACCCAUUUCACUUUCUUGCACCCUAAAAGACAAGUUUUGACAAAAACCAUUACUCUCUCUUCUCUCCACGCCUCUCCCUGCUUAAAUUCCUCUCUCUUUGUGGUCCAACUUCCAUAUAUAUUACAGAUCUUUUGUUUUUUUUGUUUCAUUUGAGGGACAAGAGAAGAGACAAAGAAAUUAAGAUCAAGACUCCAAGACAUGGAUUGGCAUGGCAACUUAAGAACCUUUGUUUCUCGACCAGAAAAUUCCUUUAACUUCCUCUACAACUAUAGCUUUGAUCAGUAUAAUAAUCAAGGAAUGGAUGUGAAGCACCCGGCAGCAAUGGCAAAGACACCACGCGGGAUUGUCCCAGCUAUGGAGAAGCUCAGCUAUGGCAAUAUUCACGAGAAGAAGAAGAGAUUGACAAAUGAUCAGUCAGAGUCACUGGAGAGAAGCUUUCAAGAGGAGAUUAAGUUGGACCCUGACAGGAAAAUGAAGCUGUCUCGUGAGCUAGGGCUGCAGCCUAGGCAGAUUGCAGUUUGGUUCCAGAAUAGACGUGCUAGAUGGAAAGCUAAGCAGCUUGAACGCUUAUAUGAUGAACUUAAGCAGGAGUUUGACGUUGUCUCUGUAGAAAAACAGAAGCUUCAAGAAGAGGUUAUGAAACUGAAAGGUAUCCUCCAGGAACAAGCCACCAAGAAGCAAGUGUCAAAAGGCUACACGGACAUCUCCGGCGAAGAGACGGUGGAAAGCACAUGGGUUGGAAUUCGCAGCUCUAGUGAGAAGCCACGAGGAACAAGUCAUCAGCACCAGAUUGCAGAAUGCAACUAUCAUCUGAAUGUUGAUGAAUAUAACCCAGUAACAUCACCUUACUGGGCUGUUCUUCCAUCUUAUCCUUAAUUACUAGCCUCUUACUAGUUGUUGCUUAUACUUCUUAAUUAAUAUUAUUAGAGUAAUUAAUUAGUUUAGCCUAGCAAGUAUCUACGUUUAUUAUAAUAUAUAAAUGCUUAAGAAAAUGUUAGUAUUAUUAGCCCUAGUGAUGAGGAAAUGAAGAUGCAUUGCUCUUGCUAUUUAGCUAAAUGUAUUAGCAUAAAAUAAUUGGAUUAUCCCUUCUAAUAUGUGUGGAGGACA